AUGAGGUAUCUCGACAACUGGAGUGCCGAGCUCAGGAGCUGCGGCCCGUUCACCGUCCUCACAGACCACCGCAACCUGGAAUACUUCAUGACGCGCCAGAAGCUCACGGAACGACAGAGCCGUUGGGCUGCUGAAUUGUCGCAGUUCGACUUCAAACUCGAGUACCGACCCGGAUGUGAGGCCGUCGUGCCAGAUGCACUGUCACGCCGCGAACAGGACAAGCCACAGGGCAUCGACGACGAACGAGAACAAGGGAGGAUGAUACAGUUGAUACCGGAUAGUGCAAUUCCAUCAUCGGGAAGAGCACGCAUCAACGCCAUGAGCCCCGACUGCUCGGAAACUUCUGUCCUCCCGGAGAUGAAGGUCUUCGAGGAAGCAGACAUGCAACAGCUCUGGGAUGAGACGGUCGAGAGGGACUCGAUUUUUCGGGCUGCUUACAAGGCAGUACGGGAUCGCGAGCGUGUCUUUCCGCCCUCGCUAGGCUUGAAGGUCCAGAUUUCGGAAUGUGCGAUCGACACAGGCAAGAGGUUGACAUUCAGAGACCGCAUCUGGUCGCACGAUUCCACUACGACUGGCCAUCCCGGCAGAGAAGGCACGCUGGCUAUUGUGGCACGUCGCUUCUACUGGCCCGGACAGUCCCAGCUUGUCCGCCGGUUCGUGGCCAAUUGCGAUAUCUGCGGCAGAGCGCACAUCUGGCGCCAGUCCAAGCGGGGAUUCCUGAAGCCGUUGCCGAUUCCAGAUCGACCGCGAAGCCAUCUGUCCAUGGACUUCAUCACAGACCUGCCGCCUACUGGACCCAGCAAGGCUCGGUACCUAUGGGUGAUUGUGGAUAGGCUGACCAAGGCGGUGACCCUUGAGUGCCAUUACCGAUUUCACGGAAUGCCACGGUCAAUUGACGAUUGGGGUGACCUUCUCCCCGCGCAACUGGCACUCAACAACCGUGAAUCAGCAGCGACCAAGAUCAGUCCCUUCUUCGUGGAGCAUGGUUACCACGUCGAUCCCAUAAGCGUCGAGGACUCGGAGGAUCCAUCUCGGGAGCGGGAGGAGAGUAAAGCAGACGCCUUACUCACUCGCCUGCAAGAAGUCAACGAGUACAUGCAAGCAGUGAUGGCUGCCGCGCAGCAACGACAAGAAGAGGCCGCGAAUGUGAAGCGACAACCAGCAGAGCGUUUUGAGGUUGGAGACAAGGUGUGGCUUUCGAUGGCAAACUACCGGUCGCCACGACCGUGCAAGAAGCUGGACUGGUUGCAUCACAAGUACACAGUCACGAAGGUCAUCAGCUCGCAUGUCGUCGAGCUUGACGUGCCUGGCUCGAUUCAUAAACGUUUCCAUGUCGACCUUCUCCGGCGGGCGCAUCAAGAUCCGGCUCCUGGCCAAAAGGUGGAUGACGCACAACCACCAGCGAUACAAGACGAGACCGGCGAGGAUCUAUGGGAUGUCGACGAGAUUCUUUGCGCAAGAUGGAAGAAGCGCGGACGAGGGGAAUUCAGGCAAGCACUGGUGCGAUGGACGGGCUACUCAGAGCCGACUUGGCAGCCAGUUGAGUGGCUGAAAGGAACAAUUGCGAUGAAGGCAUUCGAGGACAAGUACGGGCCAAUCAAGACCAAUGAUGGCCCUAGGCAGAGAUACGAGACGCUGACAGGAACUCGAGGAACCCGCCGACCACGGCCUGGUCGGAGGGGGGAAGGGGGGUAA